CUUCUUCUUCUUCCUUAUCCUUCUUCAAACCAGCCUAACAAUGGCUGCCAUUACUCUCUCUCUCUCUCUUCUUUGAUUUAAUCAAUUUCCCCCAAAAUUUCCCCCUUUCUUUCUUUCCCCUGUUUCAAAUUUUCCCUUAACAAAACAGGACAGGAAUGGCCAAUUCCUUCAACAACAGCAACAACAGCCACUUCCAUUUCUCCAUCUCUUUCCUCGGCCUCCUCCUGUCUCUCCUCCUCCUCUCCGCCACCGCCACUUCCGCCGGAAUCCGCUUAGGAAUCAUUCGAAAACCUACAUCCGAUGUCCCGAUCUUCCGCGAAGCUCCGGCGUUUCGCAACGGAGAUUCCUGUGAUAAAGAUGAGAAAAUUCAUGUAGCUAUGACAUUGGAUUCGAAUUACCUUAGAGGAACAAUGGCCGCGGUUUUGUCGAUUCUUCAGCAUUCGACUUGCCCGGAGAAUGUUGAAUUUCAUUUCUUGUGGGCUAGAUUUGAAGCGGAUGUGUUCUCGUGUAUAAAAGCUACGUUUCCUUACUUGAAAUUUAAGGUUUAUCGAUUCGAUGCCGGUCGUGUUCGAGGGAAAAUAUCGAAAUCGAUUCGUCAAGCUUUGGAUCAACCGUUGAAUUAUGCGAGGAUUUAUUUGGCGGAGAUACUGCCGGCGGAGGUUAAGAGAGUUAUUUAUUUGGAUUCCGAUUUGGUUGUUGUUGAUGAUGUUGCUGAGCUUUGGGGAGUGAAUUUGGGAGACAAGGUAUUAGCAGCACCGGAGUAUUGUCAUGCAAACUUCACAAAGUACUUUACAGACCAAUUUUGGUCGGACCCGGAGCUAGCAAAGACAUUUGAUAGGCGACAACCGUGCUACUUCAACACAGGUGUAAUGGUUGUAGACGUCGAGAAAUGGCGGAGCGGUGAGUUCACGCAAAAGAUGGAGGAGUGGAUGGCAGUGCAAAAGCAGCGACGAAUAUACCACCUUGGCUCUCUACCGCCGUUCCUGCUCGUGCUUGCGGGUGACAUACGCGCCGUCGAUCACCGCUGGAACCAGCACGGUCUUGGAGGUGACAACCUUGAAGGCAAAUGUAGGAGCCUCCACCCUGGUCCCAUCAGCCUCCUCCAUUGGAGUGGCAAAGGGAAACCAUGGCUAAGGCUAGAUUCUAGAAAGCCCUGCACCGUUGAUCAUCUUUGGGCGCCUUAUGAUCUCUAUCGUCCAUCCACUCAUUCAUUGGAAGAGUAAAGAGUAAAGAGAAAGAGAGAAGAGGAACUAAUAUGAGUUUUUUGCUGCAAAAUUUGGGUUAACCUUAAUUAGAAGGAGCAAAGAACAUGUCUUGAUAUAAUGAUCAAAGUUGGAUUUGGGGGAAAAGUUGGCAAAGUGGUUUAA